CCUAGGCUAGGAGCCUGUGGAGGGAAAGGGAGGAGGGGAAAGGCUUGAGAAUAAAGCAGAUCUCAGCCUCUGAAUGUCACUGUUAACGAGUACGGCUUCUCCGUAAGCACACGCUGAAUUAAAACAAAGAGCAUUAAUGCUGCAGUGACCAGUCGCUGAAGUUCCUGUCUCAUCUGUUUUCGCUCCUGUCUCCUUGCUACUGCUGAGCCACACGGAUAAACAGGUGACAGGUGUCUGACUAACCGUUCCAGAUUCGGACCUUGCAGAGCCAAAGUGUUGCUGAGGCAGGUCUCCGAGUGGAAGAGAAAGCAUGACGGACAACAGACAGGAUGAGCCCAAGUGGGCGCCCGGACAGCACUCGGAGGCCUCUCCAUUACCCCAUAGUCCAGACAUGAAGGAACAAGGAGGCGCAGGAGAUGGGAUGGUCCACAGCUCCAAUGGGAUUCCAUUCCGAGAUGCUCAGGAAAGAGGAUAUGGGGAGCGGGCUCUCCAGGAUUCCCAUACCACGAGUAAGGAGAAUGGCAUUAAUGGGGAAAUGCCAUCAGCAGACUCAGAAACUGCAGCAGUUGAAGAUACAGCCAACUUGCCGCCGUCUCCCCCACCUUCGCCAGCCUCGGAACAGAUGGGCACAGUAGAAGAAGAAGAAACAUUUAAGGGUCCUGUGGCUGACAAAGAAGAAGAAGAGAAAGAACAGGGAGCUGAGAGCGGGCCAGCUGAGCCAGUGAUCUUGGGAUUUAGUAAAGACCAAGCUGAUACAGGCUCAGAAGUCCCACAACAACAAGAAGAAAUUGUUGUGUGCAGGAAAAGCAUAAUAAAAAGCAAGACAGAGUCCACUUGCAUUAUGUUGCCUUCCUUACCAGAGGAAGAUUUACUUGCAGCCUCGAAGAUGGGGAUACAAGAACCAUUGGAUUCAAGUUCAUUCUCUACUGAGGCCUUUGGUACUGUAGAACCAACAACCAAGAGUAAGAUUGAGCAGGAAAUAAAGCAAGAUACUUUGACUUUGCAUGCUUAUGAAAAGGAUUUGAAGAAACGUGGAAUGGAAGAGCGGCUCCUUUCUCCACUAUUAGAAGAAUCCCCAAAUGCUGGGUCAGGAUUGGAUUCUCCAAAAUUUGAGGCUUUCUCCAUAGAACCAUGCACACCUACAUCACCAAUUCUUGAAAAACAUGAUGUUUUGUUUGACAUGUCAAAGGACACAAAAACAAUUGAAGAAAUCAAAGUUCAGGAUUCAAGCAGAGAUUCAUCUAUUGAAGACAAAGAUGACCUUGCAUCAAUUAAAAAGUUGAAUGAGGUUGAUGUUCAUUUCUCUAGUUUCACUUCAAGUUCUAGUGAAACACAAGGAUCUGCAAAGAUUGAGAGUCAGAGUAUCAAAUAUGAACAUUCUUCACAUACCUCAUUGUCUGUCAUAGAUACUACUGACAAGGAUAUUGCAAUAAAAAUACAAAGAACACCCCAUGAUAUUUCCAUAGCCAAAGAUAGUCCAAUUGAUAGCUACAAAAAAGAGGGAGCUAUAUCAGAAGAUGAAACCUUUCAUAUAUCAAGUAAAGAGCAACCAAUGGUUUUUGAGAAACCUACUGGACUUUCAGAAGACAUUUCUAUUUCAAAUGCAAAUAACAAUGAAAUCAACAAGCAAAUAGGUGAUCAUGAUGAUAUUGAGAUAUCACAUCCAUUUGAUGCAACCCGAAUUCAGCCUAAACACGAUGAAGGUACCUCUCUACAGUCUAUAGAAAGUAUAGAACAACACAAGGACAGUCUGAUGGAAUAUCCUGAUAAAGACACACAUGUAGACAGCUCUGUAACUAAAGAGCAUACAAGCUCUAAAGUUUCAAGUGAGCUAAGUGAAACAAAAGGUGUUAAAGAGGUAUUUGAAACACUUGACACAAAGGAUUCCAAGCCAAUGGUUUCUGAUGAAAAACUGCACCAACCUAAAGAUGAUACUAAGGAACAUUCUGAUUCUAAAAUAUGUCAGGAACAGGAUAAGUCAGGAAUGUCCACCUAUUUUGAAACAUCUGCUUUGAAAGAAGAAGCACUUGAAAGUGAUACUCAACAAAGCAGUGAUUACUAUGAAUUAUCUGAUGUUAAAGAGUCUCCUUACGAGGCUUGUUCCAUCCCUCAUAUAUCUAAAGAAGAAGAAGAAGAUGAAGAUAAUGAAGACUUGCAGCCAGUUGUUGAAGAGAAGAUUAGUUCUCCUGCUCAAGAAGUAGGGUAUAGCACACUCACAUCUGUAAAGCCACAAUCUAGCAUUACUUCUACAGACCGAAUAUUUACAAUUGAUCCAAAUAUAUAUGCAGACAAAUCUGAGUUCCUGAACAAAAAUAAGGAUGAUUUGACUCUAAGCAGAAGUCUAGGACUUGGUGGUAGAUCUGCAAUUGAACAAAGAAGCAUGUCGAUCAAUCUCCCAAUGUCUUGCCUUGACUCCAUAGCACUUGGAUUUAGCUAUGCACGUGCUCAUGAUCUGUCUCCAUUAGCUACUGAUAUAUUAUCUAAUACAAGUGGAAGCCAGGAUGAAGGAGAUGAGUCUGACCUACCAGCUUCUACACCAGCACUAGAAAAAGCACCUUCUUUCCCAGAAGAACUAGAGCAAGAAGAGGAAGAAGAAGAAAAGGACAAUGAAGAAACAGAUAAAGUAUCAGGGAAGGAAAGAUUUGAACUGGAACCAUUGUGUGAAUCCCAGUAUCCUCCUAAAGAGUACUACAAAAAUGGCACAAUAAUGGCUCCUGAUCUCCCUGAGAUGUUAGAUUUAACUGGAUCACGGUCUAGAUUAGAUUCUGAAAGUGCCAGCGCAGAUGCUGAUCGAAGAAAGUCUGGUGCUUCUGAAAUCACUAUUGAGGAAAGUAGUUUGAUACAGCAAGCAAAUGUUAUAGAAGACACCCAUCUCCUUUUGAAGGCAGACAGUCAGCAAGAAGAAUUAGGUUAUUGUGUUUUCAACAAAUACACUGUACCCUUACCUUCUCCAGUACAGGAUAGUGAAAGUUCUGGUGGAGGAAUGUCCACCCUUUAUGAAGGCCUUGCUGUAGAUCCGUCUAUAAUUGAAGUUAAACUGGCAGCAGCAGAGAAACUUGAAAAAGAGAGACAAGAACUUUCUGGUGAAAUUCCUGGAAUCACUUUGGAAGAUGAAAUAGAGAAAAAAGUAGCUGAAAAUAAUCUUAAUACAGUAAUAGAAAAGAGUGAAGAGUCAGUAGUCUUACAAGAUGCUUCUGAAACAACAGAUGUGCUUAAAUCAGAAAAGGAAGUUGCUGACAAUGUCUUGGAAGGCACAAAGGAGAAUCUAGAUGACAGUGUCAGUCUAGAACCAUGUAUUAUCCAAGAGGAUAAAUUAACUGUAGAUACAUCUCCACUGGAGCAGGAACAAACUAGCACAUGUCUUACAGAGACAGAUACAAUUAAAAAGGACAAUUAUGAAAACCUAGAGCAAAUAAAGAUUUCUACUGAGGAGACACAGAGUCAUCUAGAGACUAGUGAACUAUGUAAGGUGGAAUCACAGCAUAGAGCUGACUCAGAAGAAGAAAAAGAAGCUGCUGUUCCGGGUAAAGCAGAGGAUGGAGAUAGUGCAAUGACAGAUGUCAAGCAAGCAGAUACAAAUGAAGACAUUUCUCUCUCCAAGGAAGGUAUCAAACUUUCUGAAAGUGAUUUAAAGGAAAAAGGAGGAAAGCCUGACUUGGUACACCAAGAAGCAGUAGACAAGGAGGAAUCUUAUGAAUCCAGUGGAGAGCCUGAGCAAGCUGUAGAAGCAACUUUGGAAGUGUCUAAGAAACCUAUUGUAGAAGAAUCUCAGAUACAAGAUAAACUAGUGAAGUCUCCAGAUGGCCCACAGGAGUCUUCAGAUCCCACUGCUUCUCUGAAAGAGGAGUCUAAGCAUGAGAAAACAGAUGAAGAACAAAUGGAAAAUGUAAUAGUGUCACAAAAUGACCAACUAUUAGAGAAAACAGUGGAAAAGGAAGAAGACGAAAAGGAAAUAAUAAAACCUGAAUUUGAAGAAGAAAAAGAUGAACAGGUAGUAAAUGUGCUAGAGGAAAGUGACAAAGAACUCACACCAGAUGUCCCAGAGCAGGAGGUGGAAGCAGAAACAAUGGAAGCUGGGGAAGAGACAGCUGUAGAACCCACAGUAGAGGAAAUGCCAGUCAUAGAGUCUGUUGUCACUGUUGAAGAUGAUUUUAUUCAGGUAGUGCAAACUACUGUGGAUGAAGGGGAGCCUGUUGCUCCUUGUGUGAGCUUUGCAAGUUAUCAGCCUGAAGAAAGUGAGGAGAAACUUUACACUGAAGAGGAAGAAGAAGAACCAAAGGAUGAACCAACAGAUGAGAUACCUUGCACACCAGCUUCCCCAGAAAAAGAGGAGACCCUCAUGACUGAAUAUCAAACAGAAACACAAGAUGAUUACAAAGAUGAGACCACUAUAGAUGACUCUGUGUUGGAUACAGACAGCGUCUGGGUGGACACACAAGAUGAUGAGAGAACUGAAGCAAUUGAGAUCAUCCCCAAGGAAGAGAAAGCAGACAGAGAAUUGCAGAAAGCUCUCGUGGAGAGACAUAGAAAGGAAAAACAUAUCAAAACUAGCCGUGGUCGAACAUCUACCCCUGAGAGGAAAAUAGUCCGAAAGGAACCAAGUGCAACCUCCAGAGAUGAAGUGAAAAGGAAAAAAGCUGUACUUAAGAAAGCUGAAAUGUCUAAAAAAACAGAUGCUCAGCCUCACUCUCCCUCCAGGAAAAUAAUUUUAAAACCCGCCGUCAAACAGCCUAGACCGGCUCAUCUGACUUGCGUGAGGAGGAAGCCGGCAGGGGGUGAAUCACAACAGACACCUAGUGCCCUCCGGCAAUCAAGGGAGAGAGUCACUGAUGGUGUGUCUAAAAGCCCAGAAAAGCGCUCAGCCCUGCCAAGACCGUCCUCCCUUCACCCCAUUAGGAAAACUUUUCCAGCUGAAAAAGAAGAGAACUCCUUUUCCACUAGCACAUCUGUGUCGUCUUCUGUACGCCGCACAACAAGAUCUGAGCCUAUAUGGAGUCGGACUGGAAAGAGUGGGACUUCAACCCCAACAACACCUGGCUCUACUGCUAUUACUCCUGGGACACCUCCAAGCUAUGCCUCUCGAACCCCAGGAACACCAGGUACUCCUAGCUACUCUCGCACUCCUCGCACACCAGGAACUCCAAGAUCCAUGCUAGUGGCUUCUGAGAAGAAAGUAGCUAUCCUCCGCACACCUCCAAAGUCUCCUGCCACGCUCAAACAAAUGCGCUACAUGAACCAACCUCUACCAGACCUGAAGAACAUUAGGUCAAAGAUUGGAUCAACAGACAACAUCAAGUAUCAGCCAAAAGGAGGAUCGGUUAAGAUCUUAAAUCAGAAGAUUGAUUAUAGUGAUGUUCAGUCUCGUUGCGGCUCCAAGGAUAACAUCAGUCAUAAUGCUGGUGGGGGACAAAUCCAGAUUGUAAGCAAAAAGAUUGACCUGAGUCAUAUCACCUCCAAGUGUGGAUCUCUGAAGAAUAUACAUCACAGGCCUGGUGGAGGCCAUGUGAGGAUUGAAAGUGUGAAGUUGGACUUUAAAGAGAAGGCACAUUCAAAGGUUGGUUCUCUAGACAAUGCCCACCACAUGCCAGGCGGUGGGAACAUCAAGAUUGAUUGCCAGAAACUGAGUUUUCGUGAACAGGCCAAGGCCCGUGUAGACCACGGUGCUGAAAUAGUCACACAGUCCCCGGGUCGUUCUAGCGUGGCUUCUCCUCGACGCCUCAGCAAUGUGUCUUCUUCUGGAAGCAUCAACCUGCUAGAAUCCCCUCAGCUUGCUACUCUAGCAGAAGAUGUCACUGCGGCCCUGGCCAAACAGGGCUUAUGAAUGUGUUAUACCUUAGCAGUGUAUGACGUUUACUUUAAAUAUAAUAAUAUUAAUAAUGAUAAUAUUUACGCAUGAGCUCUUGGCGGGAUUUGGGCUCAGAGCAGGUGUCACAUUCAUCACGUACAAGAUCCUUAUACACAGCAAUCAAUUAGAUAAAACACAACCUAUUUACUUGUAGGUUGUUUCAUUUUACCUUUCAUAUACCACCGGUAAGGGCAAGAUUCACUCAUUGUGCUACUUAUAGCAAGUAUGAAUCUAAUGAUAACAGUAUAGAAAUGGGUAUCCUCAUUAUAAUGUAUCAUCUUCCUACAGAAAAAAGAAGAUCAAGUCCCAUUUUACAAUAAUCCCAGUGCAUCACCCAAGCUGUUAUCACUGCUCUUAACUAGUCUUGCAUGGAGCCCUCAAAUACUUGGUGUAAGUUCAACAUGUGCCUGCCAACCACCCAAACAAAGUUUGCAUAAAUGAGGCAUGUGCAGCCAAAGAGGCUGCUCAUCUCCCUGUCCAGUUGAGAUAUUGGUCCAACAAUUCUUCCAUCUAAAACCAAUCCCCAUUAGCUAAUGAACCCAUUGAUGCUUUCUGCUGUGUGAGAGGGAGGGGCGCUUGUUGAAAAGGGAAGACACACUCACCAAUAUGUCAUGAAAAGGCAACUUUUGUUGGUUGGUCUUGCCAGAGAUGGUCUUGAAUUGCAAUAGAAAAAAUGUGCAACCAACCUGAGAAGAGUUCUACAAAGAAACUGUGGAUUCUGUGUUGCUGGAGGCCAGCUACCUACAUAAAGCACUUGUUUUAUGACUAGUACCUGUAUAUUUGUUAGCUUCUUCGCUCAUGGUAGGGUCUGCAUUGCUUUGUGUUACAAUGCUUUGUAAACCUUCUGAGCAGCAGAAGUCAUGAAAAGAAACCUUAGCUUUGUGCAUAGGCAAACAAUUCCAACACUUUUUUCCACCCGUUUGAUACAGUAUUAUUAUAGAUGUAUAUAUAUAUUUCUCUGUGGCCAUGUUUUCAUUCACUUCCCCAAACCCUUUCAUAUACUUGAAACUUCCCUUUCUUACUCACAGUAUGUGUGUGUCAACUGCACCAUUUGGUGAAGCAGUUUUAGGUAGGCAUUAUUUCAUGUUAGGAAAGCUUCUCUUUUUCCUAUUAAAAAUGCAAAAAAAAAAUCUAAAAAAAAAAAAAUUAAAAAGAAGGCAAAGCUCUUAAGCAUGAGACUGUUUGGGAUUUUAAGAAGUAUUGGCUUUCUCUGAAUUUACUUUAAAUGCUGGGAUGCUACAACAACAAAUGGUAUAUUUCGCUAACUCCUGAUUUUGAAAGCAUUGUGAAUGGUGAACCUGGUUUAUUUCAUUGAAGGCUUCUGUUUCCUUUUCUCCUUAAUUAAUGGCUAACAAGAUUUUGUCUGUAUUCUGCCUCUUUGCUAAAGUUGAAGUAAAAUAAUGGCAUAUACACAAAUCAUUCUUAUUAAUUGUAAUUGUUUAAAUACUUGGCUACCAAAGAAAUUUGCUAUCAAAUAUGCUGCAUCCAUCUCUAGUAGCCAAUAUGUUAAAUGCAUAUCCAGAUUAUCUUAAAUACUCAGUGGAUAAUUGUGAUAUAUUGUAGUCACAUGAUUAUACAAUACUAGAUAUGUCUGGUAAUGAUUUCACUAGGAAAAAAUGGAAAAUGACAAAUUGUAACAUUCACAAUCUAGAACCCAUUGCUAUAAAACACUAGGGCCUAGAUUUAGAGUUCGGCGGUAGCCGUCAAAACCAGCGUUAGAGGCUCCUAACGCUGGUUUUGGCCGCCCGCUGGUAUUUGGAGCCAGUGAUUAAAGGGUCUAACGCUCACUUUGCAGCCGCGACUUUUCCAUACCGCAGAUCCCCCUACGCCAUUUGCGUAGCCUAUCUUUUCAAUGGGAUCUUUCUAACGCCGGUAUUUAGAGUCGUUUCUGCAGUGAGCGUUAGAGCUCUAACGACAAGAUUCCAGCCGCCUGAAAAUAGCAGGAGUUAAGAGCUUUCUGGCUAACGCCGGUUCAUAAAGCUCUUAACUACUGUACCCUAAAGUACACUAACACCCAUAAACUACCUAUGUACCCCUAAACCGAGCUCCCCCCACAUCGCCGCCACUCGAUUAAAAAUUUUAACCCCUAAUCUGCCGACCGCCACCUACGUUAUACUUAUGUACCCCUAAUCUGCUGCCCCUAACACCGCCGACCCCUGUAUUACAUUUAUUAACCCCUAACCUGCCCCCCACAACAUCGCCGCCAGCUACUUAAAAUAAUUAACCCCUAAUCUUCCGACCGCAAAGCGCCGCCACCUACGUUAUCGCUAUGUACCCGUAAUCUGCUGCCCCUAACACCGCCGACCCCUAUAUUAUAUUUAUUAACCCCUAAUCUGCCCCCCACAACAUCGCCGACACUUGCCUACACUUAUUAACCCCUAAUCUGCCGAGCGGACCUGAGCGCUACAAUAAUAAAGUUAUUAACCCCUAAUCCGUCUCACUAACCCUAUCAUAAAUGGUAUUAACCCCUAAUCUGCCCUCCCUAACAUCGCCGACACCUACCUUCAAUUAUUAACCCCUAAUCUUCCUAAUUCUUAUUUAUAAGAGUAUAUGUUAUACUCUUUAAAUCCCUGUAAAAGCAGAGGUAUUAAAGGGAUAUUUAUGUUUCUUACCAAUCCAUGUGGCAGUAAAGACAUCAAUUAAUGAAGGGAAUUGCAGUAACUAAUUUUGGAUCCUUCCUAUUUGGUUCAAAGUUAGCUAAAGGUUCUUUGUUAGACAUGGUAGGCAGCACCUAUUAUGCCAGUUCUGAGUUGGGAUUAUCAAUGUAGCAACAAAAAGAAAGAACCAAGAGAGUUUGAACAUAUUAGUACCAAAAUGAAAAUAUUUUUGGGGCUUAUAAAGAUUGUGCCUGAUAUAGUGGAACUGUAAUGUACCCUUAGAAAUCUGGACCCUUAACUCCUUUUAUUGUGUACAAAAAGAUGCAUUUUUUUGUUUGUUUUUAAAAAAUAAAUAAAUCUUCAUUUGUCAUAAAAAAGAAAUAGAAUAAUUUGAUGCUUUAAUCUAAGUUUCCAUAUUAGUUUGUUUAAUACUGGUGAAGCUGUAAACAGAGGCUUACUGUAAUAUAAUAAUAUGCUUGCGCAAUUUACUUUAAGCAGAGGCUCAUGUAUUUAAAUAGCUUUGCUGGAUGUCGUGUGAAUCUCUGCCAGUUAUGCGUGCGUAGGGCCAAGGAGAUGAUAACAUACUUUUUUAUGUGUACAGAUAAAUCUAAGCAAAAUGUAGCUUUCAAUUGAAUUUCAGGGAGACUUUCAUUGUACCUUUUUAAUGCACUUUUAUUCAUUUGGCAAACUUGAACUUUGCAGAAGUCAAAAUAUGAACAUACUAUGACAAACUGACUUUAUAAAUGAACAAAUAAGAAAUACUUUCUAUAACAUAUCAGCUCAGAUUCCCUUAUCAUUGUUGCUGUAUAAAUUAACAUAAUUGCGGUCACACAAUUUAUGUAGAUUCCAUUUCUUUGUCAGUUCAGUUCCAUCUGCUCAUUUUCUUGUAAGUAAUGUAUGAAUACUACUUGCACUACUAAUUUCUUGUCUCUGUUAAAGGGACUUAAAAACGAAUAGACGGCGUAUUCCCAGUGUAUCCACACUAUUCUGAGUAUGUUCUUAAGUUGGUGCCAGACUGCUACUAAAUUAAAUGGAUUAAAUGUGUAAUAGUAAUAAGCUACAAAUGUAAGCACAGCGGUAAACUGGGACCUAAUAGCUGCAAUAUAUUUUUCAGUUUUGUAUCCUUUUUAUGAACUUACCAAGAUAUUGCUUGACAGCUAUAUGCCAAUUAAAGAAAAAAAUAAGUUGCUUACUUCAAAAAAAGGGCCAUGUUUCUGUGGUACAAAGUGACUCACCUGAUCACUUAUAUCUUUGGGGUACCAUUUUAGAGUCAUCAUCUAACAACUAGAGCUUGGUUUUCCAAGGCCUGUGGCAGGGAGGGUUCUAGACCAUAAAAACUGACCCCAAAGCUAAAUAUUGAGCACUUUGGGAGCUGCUGGGGUAGACCUCAAUUCUAUUACCUGCUCCUGUCUUUAUUUAUGUAAAAUCCCCCUUUUCUUUCCAUUAACACUUUCCUUGUCCUGGGUAAAGAACAGCAACUGCCAGGGGGCACCUGUGAGGUAUAUUGUAGGAUUUCCAUCUUAAAGAAAAGUUGAUGUAUUAACUUAAAUCACUCCAGUUCCCCAGGAGGACAGCAGUAUAGAUUAGCAUGUAAUAAAUGCAUAUGGUAGAUUACACUAACUCUAUUUCAGCAUGCUACCGCCCGCCCCCAGUUAAGCUACAUUUUUUUAUAAAAAAAUAGGUUAGUGUAGCUACAGCCAAUCAGAGAUCAUGGUGCUUUAUUAUGUUCAGCUUCCCACUGAGUUCUUGUUGCCUUGAGGUGCACAUGUGCAGUGUCUCUCAGUGACUCCUUAAAUGAGCUGCCCCAGUUUUCUGCCAGUAGAAGAAGUAAUGAAGUAUCAUAUGUAAGCACAGUCACUUUUAGUGAUAAUUAUGUUCCUAUAACAAAACAUACAAAUAUUUUAAAUUGAAUUAAAAUGAAGGCAUUUUAAAUUAAUUACCCUCUUAUUAUUCAUAUCAUUUUAAUAUUAUUCCCGUAUUACAAAGAUGCACUGCUUAGGGGUGGUUGGGCAUUUAGUACAGUAGCCCCCACAUUUAUCAGAAAAUAUUCCUUGUUAUAUCAUUAUUUGCUUUUAGUAGCCCCAUGGCCAUGCUAUAAAAUGAUGUUAUUUAAUGCUUAUUUUGAAAUAGCAAAAUCCAUUUUCUUAAAUGGCAUGUUAGGGCUUAAAAUGUGCUAUUGUAUAUCAUUAGAAAAUGUAAUAUGGGGUAAGCUUUUAUCAUCUUAAUGAUAUUUAUAAUCCAGACAGACCUCUAUGGAAGAGAUUAUUAUUUUUAUUGGUCAGUGUUCCUGCUGUAUUGCUGCAGUAACCCCUUGGUUGCUACAAUGAGCUACAUGUAGCACUAGUAUUUUAUUUUGCAGAUAAUGAUUAACUUUACUAUUACAAGGCCAACAGGAGUAAAGAGCUAAUUGAAUUUAUCGCACUCUGGAUGUUAAACCAGCAUACUCAGCAUUUCUGUUUUUGUGCUGUUUUACAUUGUUAGGUAGUAACUUUAAUGCAGAGAGGAUACUAUUUUGUAUACAACUUUAACACUGAUUUUCUACAGUAGGGUAACUGAUGUUUUAUAGGUGAUAUGAGAGAGGCUUACUUGUGUGUAUGUUGUCUGAGAAACACCUGUAAUUAUAUAAUUGUGUACAUUGUAAAUAAUUACUGGCUACGCUAUAGACCUGCUCACGUACCCUGCAAGGUGCUAAACUGCAGAGACAUUUUAUUGUAGGAGAAAAUUUGUACAUAGUUCAACAUAUCAAUGUCUUUUUUAUUCUCUUCUCUACUAGAGGACCUAAAUAUGCAAAGGGGUAAUCAAAAUAGUUUGUAUUAAAAUUUGAAUAAAAAGUUAAAAUUGUCCUUUUUUUUCAAGAAUUGUUUGAACAGAACAGCAAAUUUGACUUAUGUCAACAGUAUACUCUGUUUAUUGCAUAUAUUUAUUUUUACUAAUCUGCAAAUGGCUAUUUUGUUUUCAUAGCCCUAUUUAAUUGGGCAUAGGAGAAUCUGUUGAAAAUGCUGUUUCUAUGGGAAACAUUCUCAUAAAAUUUUGGGAUGGUCUUAAAACCAAGGGUCUACAAUUACACAAUUGUGUUGUACUCAAUCUUAAUUAUACAGAGCUUACUUUUAUUUAGAUUUGUUCCUACAAGUGGAUUCCAAAUUAUAUAUACAUAAUUGAACAAAUUCUAACUUUUAAAUUUGCAUAUAGAAUACAGGGAAAGGGUAAUCCAAAUUAAAUUAGUUUGUGUUAGCAAUUUUUUUGAGCCCAAUCAUCUAGCAAACAACUGAUAGUAAUAAAUUAAACUUUUAUUGGGACUUUUAAUGUAUGUCAUAUACCUUUUUGUAUGAGCUAAAGAAAUGGGAAACUUUCCAACAUAGAGAUGUUUCUAUGGUUUAUACUGUGCUGGCCAACCUUGUGCAUAGAAUGUGAGAUUAUUUAGAGCAAGUUGUAAUGUUUUAUUAUAUGACUAGCUGGGAAAGUUCCCAUCUGCAAAUUAAUUCCUUUAAAAAGCUGCCUGCAUAAUGAAAAAUAUGGGCCAUUAUCAAGGGCACUGUUAAUAUUCACACACAGUAUUCCACCAUAUUUGAUAUCCAUAUCAUGGUAACCUAGUAGGAAAAUUACCCACAAUAUUUACUAGCUCCUACAUAAUUUACCACAUAUGUAUGAGGCAUCUUAUUGUAAAAAUAUAUCCUGCUAAGGCAGACAAAACAUCUCUAAAUGCAUGAUGUGAUUUUAGUCUUAGAAUAAUACUAAGUAUGUAUAUAUGGUUUAAACGUGAGGGAAGUGGUUUACUCUGUGAUAAUUUAUUGUUUUAUAAACUAAUGGAAAAUUGUACAGAUUACAGUAAUACAUAAGAUUGUAUACAAGGUAGUUUUAGGUUCAUUUACCACAUAUUUGCUAUGUGGUGGCAGACCCAUAAUCUGAGGUAAACCUAUUGUAAUAUAAUGUAUAUAAGUUAAUAUUGUGUCUGACUUACUGAGGCAGUUAAGGUUGCUGAAGUCAUGUGGCUUUAGCAGAAAUUAUUUAAAUAUUGACUACUUGUGUGGAUUUAGAAUCUCACAGGGGGUAAUUGUUAUUUAUUGCUUUUCUCAGCAUAACAUUUUUAAUGAACUAGUAUUGCUUCUAAUGCAUUCUAUCAGUUCUAAAAAACAAAAAAAUAUUUGAACGUAAUAGGUCAGAAAUGUUAAAGCUUAUUAGACAGCAGGUAAGGUACCCAUAAACCCUCACCAUGAGCUUAAAAUAACUAAUACACAGUUAGAUCUAAAUACAAUGCUCCUUUAAAAAGCAAAAAUGUUUUCCCCACCAUACUAAAUAUAUCUGUUAUGAGUUAAUAUCUACAUGAGAUGCUUUCCAAUCCGAUAUACACUUUUGGAACAUUCUUAUAUGAUUUGCUUUUGAAAAUCAAGGCCGGAUUGGCCUACCAGGAGAUUUCCCGGUGGGCAGCAGCAGGUGGGGCUGCUAAACUUCAAUUUAAAGGGGUGAUUAAUAGAUGCAAUUGAGUUAAAGGGUGCCUAUAUAUCCACAACUUUGGCAUUUUCUUUAAAAAAAAAAAAACUAAUAUAAUAUUAUUAUGAUAUAAAAUAUUGGGGGAAGGAGUAUCCCAGUAAUUUUCUUUGAGAAAAAUGGGGUGUGCGCAUUAUACUGAGUCAACGGAAAAUAGGUCUGGUUUUCAAAUUUUCCAAGGCUGCUUUUUAUUCCCAGUCUGGCCCUGUUGAAACUGCUGCUAUUUAUUACUUUCACUUACUUUUACCCCACCUAUUUCUUUAAAGAAGGGUUGUUAGAAUCCAGUCCAUAAUAUUCAUCAAUGAGCCUGCUUUCACUAUUAGUUGAAAAUUAACCAUUAAAAAGCUAAGUUUCUAUUCUAGCAAUAAUUAUUCUAAAAUCAAGACAACAUGCAGAUUUUAAAUAUAAGAUCUGAAUACCUCAGUGUUAGAUUGUCUUUGUAAAAGGGCAUAUUUGCCACACAAUAUAUAUCUCAGUCAAUAACAAACUGAACAUUUUGCAACAGAAAAACUGAAUAUACAUCCAUGUCUACUGAGAUGUUGAUCUGUCAUGCCACCCUUUAUUUGAAUUUAAAAGAGUUGUCUCUUUCUCUUGACUUGAGGGGCCUAAUGACGACUGUGUGUAUAGUGGGUUAAUGAAUUGCCCUUCCACUUUUAUUAAUCUGAACCUGAUAGCUAACACUUUACUAAGCUGGCAUUUUGCCACUAAUCACACACAAUAACCAUAGGGUCAAGUUACCCUCUGUUGUAAGAUAGGCGUGUCCUCUUUCCACAGAGUUAAAUCAGGGUUAAAUUGGGGCUUAGUUAAAAGGCACUUUUACUGCUUAUCUGUUGGGAAGCAUUGCAACCCUUGUCUUCUCAUGGUGAUGUGUGUAUUGACCUACACAGGUAAUAGCUACAGAGUUCUUUAUUAUUUUGCCAGACCAUGAAUAAUGAGGAUAUGGGAAUACAAUAUAUCACAGGCUAUCCAACUCAAAGAUACCGUCAUUUAACAUAUUGUGACAACUUGAUUUGCUUGAAUUGUUUUCAUUAAAUUUGAGUAAUAAGUUGCACUCUUUCUUUUUUCUUUGUUGUAUACAAUGGCCAAUAUUCAUCAACAAACAAUACUUCAACUUUAGCAAAAGGAACAAAAAAAUAAUCUAGCACAUUGCCUCUGCCCGGGUUCAAGGGUGCAGUGUUCUGUUAUCAAACUGUGCAUUUUCCUGAUAUCUUUCAAACCUGUAACCAUAGGGAGGUGUUAUUGAAUGGCUGGUGGUAGAUAGUUCAUGUUUUUCAAUCCAAUUUGCAAAUGUAUUUGUUGCUGUAUAGUGAUUGUUUUGCAAAAUAAAACAGCUUGUCAUGGUC